AUGAAGACGUGCGUCGCUAUCUUUGGGCUUGCCCUGGUGGCACCAAUGUAUGGGAAUGCGCACCCACAACAUGGCGGCGGUGUCCACCAGCGGUUCCACAUUACCACGCAUGGACCUGCGGUAUCUAGCUUGAGUGUGAGCAGUGCAGCGAUUGAGAGUUCGCCGGUUGCUGUGGUUGGAGGAGGCACUCCGACCAGUUCUGCAGUCAUUUCUCCAAGUUCCGGGCAAAGCAUUACCUCUCCUCACUCGAACGACACAACAUCAACCUCUAACAGCACAUCACCAUUAGCAGCCUCGAUCGCCGGUCUCGGUCUCUCACCAGAAUGCUACAGACCAAACGGCGUGCCUAUGGGCUGGCUGCCAGACGGAGUCAACAUAACGACCAUUCAAAGCCAAGUCGAUUCCUUACACGGCCCCUGCACCUACGGUAACUACGCCCAAAUUACCUCGGCGACCAGCAUGAGCGGGGCGGCCUUACAAAUGGACACUCAAGCCAUGCCUUCUUCACUCAAAGGCGCCAUCUACAUUAUCGCUCUCCAGCCAUACAUUCCAUUCUCUGAAGUCUCGGCCUCAGCGGUCGUGGCUUCGAUGAAUAAGAUCCUCGCAGAAGGAUCCCAAACCAUCUGGCUCCGUCUCGCUCACGAGGUGAACUGGUACAUCGACACCAACACCAUAAACACUGACCCUACCGUCAAAUACCACGGCACCACCGAGGAGUACAAGGCCAUGUGGCAGGCCGUUGCUAAAGGCGUCGAUCGCUCCCGGGUUAAGAUGUUUUGGAGUCUGAUACCCCCUUUCCAGCCAGGCGACACCGUGGACACGAUGGACGCCGAGUGGUUUCCAGGCAGCGAGUAUGUGGAUAUUGUGGGAUUGGAUGCGUACGGAGAGAUUCUCAGUGGGGAACAAGCGACGUUUGAAUUGAUGAUGGGUGCAUUUUGUGCGAAGUAUCCGCAGAUUCCGGUUGCGUUGGGGGAGACGGGGUGGUUGCAGGGUGGGACGACCGCGCAGAAGGAGUAUUGGCUGGGCCAGGUCAGUUCAAAGGAGACGUUGAAGGUUUGUCCGCAGUAUAUUGGUAUUUACAUUCCCCACUUUGACGCAAUGGCCUCUGACCGGCGACCAUCUUUCAGCGCCUCCUCCAACACGUCGCACUCAUCCAGUGAAAGAAGACGGCCAUCUUCUUCAUCCUACAAUAGGCCCUCCUCGCCCUCGUACAGACUGCCUCCCCUGCCUCCCUCCACAGGCUCCCUCACGACCGGCACAUCCAUCCCUGCCCCUGCCCCAAUCUCUCCAAAUUUCGCCGCGUUACCCCCUGUUCCACCGCCUAAGGAUCCACCAAUGACCCAUCCCAUCACACCGAAACGCAAGCCCGUCGAACGGCAGAAGAGCCCCUUGAGCAAUGAAGCAUACUUUUCGAGCCCGGCCUCCAUAAUGCCCGGUGCCUUUCCCACUACACCGCCAGCUUCAUCGCCUUUGCAGAAUGCAGGAUACAACGCUUCGCCUGCGGCAUCAAAUAAUACACCUUCGCCGACUUCCAAGAGUCCGAAGAGACCAGGUAGUGUUCGGAACUUCCUCUCCUUCAAAGCUCUCCGACGAAGCUACGACAAUGCCUCCCUCCAUUCCCAGAAUGACCGACCGGCAUCUGCGAGUGGGGAGAGUUUCACAUCUAGUCUACGACCGAGCUUGAACAAGAAGAGGAGCGGGACAUUCUGGCGUCGGAAGAGCAGUCUGGGCAUGAAUUUUGGGGAGGAUACUCCGGCUUCCCCUUCGAGCCCUGUGACGAGAGGUGAUUCGGUGGCAGAGGAGGCAAGACCUCUGAGCCCAGCGCCGAAGGAUGACAUACAAGGUGUGCAAAGUAGAAAGAGCGGGACAUUCUGGAGGAGGAAGAGCAACCUAAAUUUGGCUAAUGCGUUUGCCGCAAUGAAUGGGAAGGAGAACCAGGCACAGAAUGCAGGCUUGAAUGGCGAAUCGACGGCGGCUACGGGCAGUAGUACGAAUGAAGGCCAGAACAGCAUGACUGAUGGGAGCCAUGAGGCGGAGGAGGAUGCGACAAUGGAAGACUUGGACUCGGAGAAGACGCUGCCAGAGAUUGAGGAGCCACUGCCGCCAAGGUCAUACAGUCCGCCGCCGCAAUUGCCGGUGUUUGUGGGUGGCGGGGGAGGGUUGGGCGGGGAAGACUUGUUCAAGGAUAUCCACUAG